UAGAAAUCGACUAUUCCAAAAGUGACGUAGUUGGCCGGUGACAUGGAAAAUCCAAGAUGGAGGUGAACAGAGAUGAAGCGGAAAGAUGUAUCGAUAUAGCAGAAAAAUACAUCCGAGCAGGGGAUCGGGAGAAGGCCGUGAAGUUCCUGUACAAAGCUGAGAAGUUAUACCCCAGUCAGAAGGCACAAGCGCUCCUUGAGGCCCUGCUAAGAAACGGAACAGCAGCCGGUGGCGGCAGCAAGCCUGACAUGAACGGUGAUGGCGGAGAAACGCGCAGGAGGAAACCGGCAACGCACAGCAGCGCAGAGGACAAGGAGAACACACAGGCCAACGGGGACAUCCAACAUGAGUACACCAGUGAACAGCUAGAGGCUGUCAAAAGAGUAAAGAAAUGUAAAGAUUACUAUGAAAUUCUUGGCGUCACGAAAGACGCACAAGAAGACGACCUGAAGAAAGCCUACAGGAAGCUGGCCCUGAAGAUGCACCCAGACAAAAACCAUGCACCUGGGGCGGCCGAGGCUUUCAAAAGUAUUGGCAACGCGUACGCAAUCCUGAGUGACACGAAGAAGCGUAAAGAGUACGACUUGUACGGCGAGGAGAAGCCACAGCACACGACCAAUCACAGACAUCGUCACUACUAUUACGACGACUACACCAGGGGAUUCGAAGCUGAGAUUUCACCAGAAGACUUGUUCAACAUGUUCUUUGGCGGCGGUUUCCCAACAGGCGAGGUCCAUGUGCACAGAAGGCGGACGCCCAGGAGACAUCAUAGAAGAGAAGAGGACGGAGAGAGACGUACGGCCACAGUGACCCACGCCAUGUGGCUACAGAUGGUCCCCCUGCUUCUGCUGGUCUUCAUGUCCCUGCUCAGCAGCCUCUGGGUCUCAGACCCCAUCUUCAGCCUCAGCAGGAGAGGGGAUUAUAGCCAAGAAAGGAUGACAUCAAACCUUAAGGUUGUGUACUACGUAAAGAAGGAUUUCCUGAAGGAGCACCAGAACUCCUUACUGAGGAUAGAGCGGCAGGUGGAGGAGAAUCACCUGGACAAUCUGAGGACAAGCUGCUGGAGGGAGCAGCAGUACAAGGAGAACAUGAUGAUGCGGGCCCGUUACUAUGGCGACCGGGAACUGUACCGUAAGGCACAGCAGAUGACCACGCCCAACUGUGAUAGAAUUAAUAAGCUGUACGGUGGAUAGGGACAACAGAAGAAAGGCUAACAUUUCUCCAUGUAAAUUUGCUUUCCCUCGGUUAGGGCGCAGUCACGUACAUGUAGGUUGUGGGAUCUCCGUACGAUCGCUAACUUCGGGCAUUUUGGAGGACAAAAAUGUGCGUCUCCUGAUAAAUUCAACUGUCUCGGUACACAAAAUGCUGUUUUGGACCCAUGUCAGUGGUUGGUUCUGUCACAGCCUGCUUGAAAAUCCUAUGGCGUCAAAUCCGUACGAUGAUCGCGCGACCUAUGUGACCAUGCCAUAAGACAACCAGAUUAGUUUAAAAGCAAGCAACUAUGUUAAACUUACGUCGAUGAAGGUUAGACAUCCAAGUAAUAAGAUACGCCAAACAGCAGUUACUCAAGCGACUUGAUGUUAUUUUGGAAAUGUUCAGACGUUUCCCAAAAUCAUAUCCAAUUGCUUGUGAUGAGUAACUGCUAUUUGGCGUAUGUUAAACUUAUAGUGAAAGUCAUCUGUAACCAUCUUAGCUCACUGAAGAGCUAAUCUUUUACUGGUCGUGACAGGAAAAGAAGAUAUUAUGUACAGUAGAUAUACACGUCAGGUUCAUUGUAAUGGGGAUAUUCCACUAGCUGUUUUGGACAAGUACAAUGGACUAUGCACAUUUGAUUUACAUGUGUAAGGUAUAGAAAGGUCUUUCUCAAGUUUUUGCCCUGUAAAGGACCUUUUUGAGACCCCAAAUGAUGAAAAGGCUUUAUUUCUCAUCACCCAAAUGAUUUACCAUGAUUGAAUAUUGUUUUUUUUUAGUAUAUAUUUUUUUAGGUCAAUGCCAUAUUCUGUGUUGUUGUAUUGUUGGUAUGCAAUGACGCUAGCGUAGCUCAAAGACAUUGUACAAAAUUUAAUGUAAGCCCCAGAAUAUCUUUGCUCACUGCACUUUGUGCUGACAGUGGACUAGCCCCCUGCUGUAGUGUUUUCACAACUGUGGCCCAUUGCAAGGGCUAUUAAAAAAGAUAAGCAGUACCCUGUAUGCCAAAUGGAUCUACACCAGUGUUCUAGCCAGCCUCAAUUUUUUUUCCCGUCCCCUGGAUUUUGAAUUGAAAUCCUGUCGAAAGUGCAACGAUCCAAGGGGGGUCCAGGGGUAUGCUCCCCAAGAAAAUUUUGAAACGUUAGACCCUAUGAAAGGCUAUUUCCUUUCAUUUGAGGGGAAAACUUUUGCCGAGAAACAACAAAUUAAGUUGGUGUGGCCUAAUGUUAAAGUGGAAGAUAAACACUAAAAACUGCACUUUCACACACAGUUUUACGAAUAGAGUAUAGUCAGGUGUGAAAUUUCUGACCAGACCCCAGUUCUGAUCUUGGCUUCUUCCUAAAUUCUUACUUUGACAUGCCUGAAAACCCAGGAAGAGAAUUUAUGUGGCCUAAGAGACAACUUAAUAGAGAUCAGACAGUUGUCCAUUGUAGUAGAAAAGGAAUUAACAUUCUUUCCGAACAACCUUGAGAUAGCUUUUGUUUUCUUAAAAUCCAAUACUCGGUACCUCCAUAAUUUGUGAAUUGCAAAGUACACCA